AUGGCCGAGCUUGAAGAACGACCCUCCAAGAUCCGGAAGAUAGAAUUGCCAGAUGGAUCAAGUGAGCCUUUCCAAGGCAAUUCUUCAAACAUGAACCUCCUGGACGAACUUCCCAAUGGUCAGGCCGAGUCCGCAGUCAGCCAGGCUCCUCCUACAGAGGAGAACCCGCCCUUAUCCAAAAGCCAACUGAAGAAGCUCAAGAAAGCCGCGCAUUGGGAGGCUGGUAAGGAAUACCGCAGAACGCUCCGGCGAGAAAAGCACAAAGAGAAACAAGCGCGCAAGGCCAAGGAACGAGAGGAAAUCAAGGAAAAGGUUGCGAAAGGCGAGAUGGAAAGACCUGUGAUGGUGAGAAAGCCUGGUCCGAGAAGGCCUAUUCAGGUUCCAAUAUCGUUUGUGUUGGACUGCGAUUUCAACGACUUGAUGAUGGAGAAGGAGAUCAUUUCGCUGGGUGCCCAGCUUACGAGGUGCUACUCGGACAACAAAUGUAAUCCUUAUAGGGCUCACUUGAGCGUCAGCUCGUGGGGAGGGACACUCCAGAAGAGGUUUGAGACGGUUCUGACCAAUAAUCAUAAAAGUUGGAAAGGCAUCCGGUUUUUUGAGGAGGGCUUCGAAACUGCUGCCGAGGAGUUGCAUAGAGUCAUGAGAGGACCCGGUGGAGGCAAGCUUGUUGGCGCGUUAGGUCCCAAAUCUACAGAGGUUCAGAAGAACGAUACAUCUGCUCCUUUACCUAACUCAGGACCGGAUGCGAUCGAUCCUGCUGCCCAAUUAGCAGUAGAAGUGACGGAGUUAUCCUCGCAAUCCAAUGGUGUUACCCAAACUCCUGAACAGCCCUUGGCCGAGGAGAAUCUGGAAAUAAAGCGGAAAGGAUCUCAGGAUACGGCCGACACAGGCAUGGAAACUGCUUCCAUAUGCCCCAAAUCAGAGCCAUCUAUCGUCUACCUUACCUCCGACUCCCCAAAUACCCUGCGCGUUCUGUCUCCUUACACAACCUACAUUAUUGGUGGUAUCGUCGACAAGAACCGCCAUAAAGGUUUAUGCUACAAGCGAGCCUGUGAGCGCGGCAUCCCAACUGCAAGACUUCCGAUCGGCGAGUUCAUGACUAUGCAAAGUCGGACUGUCCUUACGGUCAAUCAUGUUAUGGAGAUCAUGCUGAAAUGGCUGGAGACUGGUGACUGGGGCGAGGCGUUCUUGAAGGUCAUCCCUAAGAGAAAAGAGGCCAAGUUAAGGGUGAAAAAUGGAGGGGGAAGCACUGCAGAACAGGAGCAGCAAGGGGAAGAAAGCGACGACUACGAGCAAAAUGAGGUUGGAGGUAGUCUGGACGUCGUGAACGGGAAGAGUGAUGACGAAAAUUAA